AAAUUGUGGUACGGUCCUGCAAGCGGUGACGUGCGCAUGCGCAGCCAUUCCACCGGUAAUAAAAGCGCCAACAAAUGUCAAUUGUCAGUCAAAAACUCGUGUCGAUUUAUAGGUUAUAAGUUGCCGGUGAAACCAAACCAUCACAGGAAAAUGUCGAAACCAUCGUUUAAAGUUGCCGAUAUGAAACUGGCCGAAUGGGGGCGCAAAGAAAUCUCUUUGGCCGAAAACGAAAUGCCCGGCUUAAUGAGCAUCCGCAAACACUACGGCCCAAAAAAGCCCCUAAAGGGGGCCAAAGUCGCCGGCUGUUUGCACAUGACCAUUCAAACUGCAGUCCUAAUUGAGACCUUGAAGGAACUGGGGGCUGAGGUUCAAUGGUCAAGUUGCAACAUCUUUAGUACUCAAGAUCAUGCAGCUGCUGCUAUUGCUAAGACAGGGGUGCCUGUGUUUGCGUGGAAGGGGGAGACUGACGAGGAGUACAUUUGGUGUAUCGAGCAGACGCUGGUGUUCCCGGAUGGUAAACCUUUUAAUAUGAUUUUGGAUGAUGGAGGCGAUCUUACGAAUUUAGUGCACACUAAAUAUCCACAGUAUUUGAAAGACUGUAAAGGGAUUAGUGAGGAGACGACGACGGGGGUUCAUAAUUUGUAUAAGAUGUUUAAGGAGGGUACUUUGAAGGUUCCGGCGAUUAACGUCAAUGACUCAGUAACAAAGAGCAAAUUCGACAACUUGUACGGCUGCCGCGAAUCCCUCAUCGACGGCAUCAAGCGCGCCACCGACAUCAUGCUGGCCGGCAAAGUCUGCGUCGUAGCGGGCUACGGCGACGUAGGCAAGGGCUGCGCGCAAUCUCUACGCGCAUUCGGUGGGCGUGUCCUAAUCACCGAGAUCGACCCAAUCAUCGCGCUCCAAGCCGCCAUGGAGGGCUACGAAGUCACCACGAUGGACGAGGCGAGCAAAGAGGGCCAGAUCUUCGUCACGACCACCGGCUGCAAGGACAUCAUCCUCGGCCGCCACUUCCUCAACAUGCGCAACGACAGCAUCGUGUGCAACAUCGGCCACUUCGACUGCGAGAUCGACGUGAGCUGGCUGGAGAAGAACGCGAAGAACAAGACCAACAUCAAGCCGCAGGUGGACCGCUACGAGCUGGCGAACGGGAACCACGUCAUCGUCUUGGCCGAGGGGCGGCUGGUGAAUUUGGGCUGCGCCACCGGGCAUCCGUCUUUCGUCAUGUCGAACUCGUUUACUAACCAGUGUUUGGCGCAGAUCGAGCUGUGGACGAAGCCGGGGCAGUACGCGGUGGGGGUGCACAUGCUGCCGAAGGUGUUGGACGAGGAGGUGGCGAGGCUGCAUUUGGAGCAUUUGGGGGUGAGGCUGACGAAGCUGACGCCCGAGCAGAGCAAGUACUUAGGGGUGCCGGUGGAGGGGCCCUACAAGCCGGAGCACUACAGAUAUUAAUUGAACUUGGCUUUGUGUGUUUUUUUGUGUGUAAAUAAGUAUCUGGGUGGAGAAUCUGGGUGUGGUUUUCUUUUAUCUUGUGUAAACCUGGAAUUACACGAAGUUGUCUCUUAUUAUUAUUAAAUGAUUUGCCAACAACGCACAUGAAA